AUGGAGACCUACCAUCCGGGCCUGGCAGACGAUUCCCAGGUUGAUGACUAUCGCGCGGCCGCCCUUGGCAGAGCCCGACCGCGCUUGCACGACGAUGAGGACGAAGGAUCAGACAUUCUGGAGGAGGAUGACUUGGAGAGCACCGUUGAUGGCCCGCCUAAUCCAAACCAGAAAGGCCAGGCCGAGGAAGAGAAGGAGCUUCCUGCUCAUGCAUGCGCUUACUGUGGCAUCCACAAUCCGAGCAGUGUGGUAAAGUGUCUCUCCUGCAAUAAGUGGUUCUGCAGUGCUCGCGGCAACACCUCCUCUUCCCAUAUCGUCAACCACCUUGUUCGCGCCCGCCAUAAGGAAGUGCAGCUUCAUCCGGCCUCUUCGCUUGGCGAUACCAUUCUCGAAUGCUACAACUGCGGUACCAAGAAUGUUUUCCUGCUCGGGUUCAUUCCCGCGAAGUCAGACACCGUGGUGGUUCUCCUUUGCCGUCAGCCAUGUGCGGCAAUGCCCUCGUCGAAGGAUAUGAACUGGGAUACGUCGCGCUGGCAGCCACUCAUUGAGGACCGCUCAUUCUUACCGUGGCUCGUGGGUGCGCCCACUGAUCAGGAACAGCUCCGGGCUCGCCACCUUAGCCCGCAGCUCAUUGCGAAACUGGAGGAAAUGUGGAAAGAGAACUCAAAGGCCACUCUUGAUGAUCUUGAGAAGGCUACCGCUGUCGACGAUGAACCCGCACCAGUCUUGUUGCGCUACGAUGAUGCCUUCCAGUACCAAAACAUUUUCGGCCCUCUUGUCAAAAUCGAGGCUGAUUAUGAUCGCAAGUUGAAGGAGUCCCAGUCUCAGGAUGGCCUGAUUGUGCGUUGGGAUCUUGGUCUUAACAACAAGCAUCUGGCGAGUUUCGUCCUGCCUAAACUUGAACUCGGUGAUGUGAAGCUUGCAGUCGGUGAUGAGAUGCGUUUGAAGUACACCGGUGAAUUACGCUCCAAGUGGGAAGGGGUUGGCUACGUGGUCAAGAUUCCGAACAAUCAGUCUGAUGAGGUUACUAUUGAAUUGCGCUCCAAGGGUGAGCACAAGUCCGUGCCCACUGAAUGCACACACAACUUCAAGGUCGACUAUGUCUGGAAGUCGACCUCAUUUGACCGCAUGCAGCUUGCCAUGAAGACUUUCGCCGUGGACGAGAUGAGCGUUUCGGGUUACAUUUUCCACCGUCUUCUUGGCCAUGAGGUCGCGGCCGCUCCAAUGAAGCCACAGAUUCCCAAGAAAUUCAGUGUGCCGGGUCUGCCAGACCUGAACGGCAGUCAAAUCAAUGCCGUUAAGAGCGUACUGCAGCGGCCAUUGAGUCUGAUUCAAGGCCCUCCUGGAACUGGUAAGACUGUGACUUCAGCCACCAUUAUCUACCACCUUGCCAAGAACAACGGAGGCACAGUGCUGGUCUGUGCACCGUCCAACGUUGCCGUCGACCAGCUUUGUGAGCGCAUUCAUUUAACCGGUCUCAAGACCGUGCGAGUUACUGCCAAAUCUCGAGAGGAUGUGGAAUCCCCUGUUGGUUUCCUAUCCUUGCAUGAGCAAGUGCGCUUGAAUGAUACCAACAUCGAAUUGGCCAAAUUGAACCAGCUGAAGGCGGAGCUGGGAGAGCUUUCCAGUCAGGAUGAAAAACGGUUGAAGCAGUUGACUCGCUCGGCCGAGCGGGAAAUUCUCAACAAUGCAGAUGUCAUCUGUUGCACUUGUGUUGGUGCUGGAGAUCCCCGCCUGGCCAAAUUCAAGUUCCGCACCGUCUUGAUCGAUGAGUCGACCCAGUCCGCUGAGCCCGAGUGCAUGAUCCCAUUGAUUCUUGGCUGUAAGCAAGUCGUUUUAGUCGGUGAUCAUCAGCAGCUUGGUCCUGUUAUCAUGAACAAGAAGGCCGCGAAGGCCGGACUCAAUCAGUCUCUCUUUGAACGCCUUGUUAUCUUGGGCUGCUCUCCUAUCCGCCUUAAUGUUCAGUACCGUAUGCAUCCAUGUCUUUCCGAAUUCCCCUCCAACAUGUUCUAUGAGGGAUCGCUACAGAACGGUAUCACCAUUCAUGACCGCCUUCGCCGUGAUGUCGACUUCCCGUGGCCCAUGAUGGACAACCCUAUGAUGUUCUGGUCGAAUUUGGGCAACGAGGAGAUUUCAGCGUCGGGAACUUCGUACCUCAACCGCACUGAGGCAACCAAUGUUGAAAAGAUUGUCACUCGCUUCUUCAAGGCAGGCAUCCAGCCGGAUGGCAUCGGUAUCAUAACCCCAUACGAAGGACAGCGGAGCUAUAUCGUGAGCUCCAUGCAGGCCAACGGAACAUUCAAGAAAGAGCAUUACAAGGAAAUCGAAGUCGCUUCGGUCGAUGCAUUUCAAGGUCGAGAGAAAGACUACAUUAUUCUUUCUUGCGUGCGCUCCAACGAUCACCAGGGUAUUGGUUUCUUAAGUGACCCUCGUCGUCUCAACGUCGCCCUUACUCGAGCUCGAUAUGGUUUGGUUAUUGUCGGCAACCCGAAGGUUCUUAGCAAGCACCCUUUGUGGAACAGCCUUUUGCAGCACUUCAAGGAGCAGCACUGCCUCGUCGAAGGACCUCUUUCGAAUUUGCAAGAAUCUCUCAUCCAAUUCAGCCGGCCCAGACAGGCCUACCGAGGACCCCAGCGCUUCCAGAUGCCUUUCAAUCACGCUUCCAAUGCAAACAACGGCGCCAUGAACGGUCGUAACGGCCAACGCAAUGAGUACCACGAUUCGGGCUCGGUUGUCGGCUACAUCCCGGAUGACGUUUCCUCGGUUCAUUCGUCUGCUGUGGGUGGUGGGGUCGGCCUGCCUUCCGGAUAUCCUCCUAUGUUCCAAAAUUUUGCUGAUCAGUGGCCAUCGCUCUCGGGCAACCGCCGAGCCAAUGGUAGUCGGACAAAGGGAGCCCCAAGUGUUGCUGGGGAAUCUGUUGCCGCUACUGAAUCCGAUGUUACUGGCAGCAUUAUUGACGGACGAAGCACCGAUCAGGGUGGAGUCAGCCUUGCGGGCUUGAGCAUCAAUGACAUGAGCAAGCAACCUAGUCUCAGUCAGUCCGACCGUCUCAAGCGCUACGUGGAGUCUGGAGGUCGUGAGCCAUAUCGCACCGGUAUUCCGGACAACGGCAGCAUUUUCGGCGGCAGCUCUGCCAGUAUCCGCGUGACUCGUCCGGGUCUCAAUGUUCAUGACGAUGACGAUGCCCGCAGUGUUUCCACUGCCUUUGCUAGCCAGGUCGGCGGUAACUACGACUGA